AUGCCCGCCUCGCCUGUCCCAUACGAGGUAUUUACUGCCGCCAACGGCGGGGGUGGAUUACUCAAUGAGAACGGUCACUGGUACUUCGAUAGGUCUCACUAUGAUGUUAAUAUUGGUUCGCAGAACGGGGCCUGGUGCAGCGAUGUCCCAUAUUGCAUUACUGGAUGGAUGUAUCCGAGUGCGAGUCUGACCUACUAUUCCGCUUCAUUCUACACCAACGUCUCCAUCAACACCCAGCAUUAUCCAACUACAGAUUCGCUCAACUGUACAUUUAGCUACAAACCGCUAUGGAUAUCCACCAAAACGGCAGCAGGAACGGCAAUUCCACUCAAAGUCGUCGUUGGCUCGCAAGUGUUUACCGAUUCCCUUCCUGCAGGCAACUUUGACCGUGUCUUUACGACGCUCCAAUGGGAAGGAGACGUCUACUCUCACCAAGUCGAGAUUCCUCUUUCCCGGAACAGCGCCGCGAGUACGGUGUAUGUCCCACUCUUCAUCAACAUCACAUGGCCGAGACAGACUGGUGAUUAUAUCAACUACUAUGUCAAGUCUACACUUUUUACUAUCAACAACGAGCGGAUUGAAACUCCCAGCUCUUCUUCGAUGCCCAUUGGACAGUCGGCAACCUCGAUCCCGACACCGAUUCAAACCCAGGCGCAAAGCCAAGAAGGUGGCAAUAUAUCGAUCACCGUCGGGGCCACUCUGGGUGCACUAGCACUGCUUGGCUUGUUGAUAGCAGGUCUCUUGUGGUUGAAGAUUCGUCGACGAGAAACCGCCCAGGAGAAGAAGGGAUUCCCGCCUCCAAAUGACAUAAAAAUGCCGCAACCUCCUGCGUGGGUUGUCGUUACCCCUGAAAAUGCGCCUGAACCGCCAAGCCAUCGUCCAUUUUCUCACCCAGAGCCACGUACCCAAGAGCAGUCCACGACGCAGGGUAUAGAGCAGGGUAGAUCUUUCUCCAUACCCAUCGUCUCCGACCGCAGCACGACUUUGCCAAGCCUGUACGAUUCGGAGUCCCACUACACCGCUUCCUCGACAGACUAUCACUACCAGGCUUCGGCCACCACAAGUCAGAGGAAAGAAUCUGAGCUUCCACCUUACCGUCGGUAG